ACUAGACAAAUUUUAUAUACAAAAUUAAUUAUAGUAUUUGUGAUUCCUAAAAAUUUGGAUUUCAGAAGCUGUAAUCAAAUGGAAGCAAUUGAGGACUCACUACAUCGGGCAAAGGUGCAGCAGCUACGUGCUUGGGCUCCCUUUGUCGGGCAAUUGAUGACGAUCUUCAGGCAUAACAUGAGCGAAGAUCAGUGGACAAAAUGGAAAAACCUGGAGAGCGACAUGUCGUCGGCGAUGCUUGCAGGCUAUUCCGAGUCCAGGCUGUCAAGACUGGAGACUCAGCUUAACGAAGCCAAGGCCAAAUAUGAUAGUUUAUAUCAUCAUACCCAGUUGAUCGUAAUGGAUGACGAUCAGCCAACUAGUUCGCGUUGGCAGCCAACUAGAAAACUGCGUGUGCGUGUUGCACGUUGUGCGAAGUUGGAGAAAAUGCUUAGUGACACCCUGGGCAUGCCACCAACUCGGCCGGACGAGGAGGAUUCAGAGUUAUACGUAAAGCUCGAUGUGGACACCACAACAUCGCCACAGCAGGAAGUGUCAAUUGCUAUAUCGUCGUCGCCAAUUCCUGGGGAACUAUUGACUAAUGAAAGCGUUGCGGAAGAAGAUGGAUUAUCAACAGCAAAGGAGUUAAUACAGAACGUAGAGCAUGAGGAAUUACCGGAAAUAUAUCAACAACCGGAGCCUGAAAAGGAAGUAGAGCAACUGCAGCAGGUGGAGAUGCAAAUAGAGCAACAAUCGCAAGUCGCAAUAGAACAGGCAGAUAAGCAAAUGUUAGAAUCGCAAGCAGACGUAAAUCAAAACUUAGUUCAACAACAGACAUCAGGACAGAACAUAGAACAACAGCUGAAGUCAGACGAGGACGUGGUCAUGGUGCAGAAACCGCAUUUGAAGGAACAGAAGGAAAAUGAAUUGGAAACAGAUGCAGAGGAAGAACUGACGUCGAAACAAGGGCGAAAAGGUUUCUGCAGUGGCAACAAAUCACUAUUCCUCAACUUUAACAAGUUUUGUAAUAAGUUGAAAAGUCGCAGAGGUCACUUCUCAAUGUCGGGCAGCACCAAUCGCAUCGGAAGUGCUAGCCGAAAAAACGUCAAAGACAAAGCAACCCAAAUCGAAUCGAAAUCUGUGCUCCAAGAAGCCGGUGUCGGAGAGUUGCUGUGCGUCAAGACACCGUUAACGACUCUGGAUGUGCCCGGUGUUAUAAAUUGCAACUCGGAAUUGGGUCAGCAAAUCAAUCAAAUCAGUCUCGCCGAUGCAUCCAUUCCUUUCAUAACGAGCGAGACGGUGCCAUUGCCUGUCGUUACUAAUGAUGACUACGUGAUUACCCAGGGCAUUACGAAAUACUAUGAGGGUCCCAUUCCGGCGGAGAUCAACUUAUCUAUUGAACCCCGACCGACAAGUUCACCACCAAAGGAAGAUCGCACACAAAACGCUGGCAAUCUCGAGCACAGCGUGGCCACUCGCGAGGAGCUGCAGGAAUCGUAUUUGCCCAUCUCCGUGGCAUUAAGUCAACGCAUACGAGAUGUGCUCAGAGAACAACCUGCUCCGAGCGACACCAAUCAAACGACUAGUCUAACAACUCUAGAGGAAGCAACGAUCAAUGCGGCGGAAGCAAACAACAAUACGUCGAUCUGUACUAUAUUUGACGAACUACUUAAAGACACGGAAUUUACCGCUAAGAACAACGAAAACACAGAGGCUAAACCUAAACCCGUCGAAGAAGUGACAGCGGAUGCUCUGCAACCCAACCAACAGAAGCUCAUCAACCUAGUCAAGGCAUCGAAGUCAGCUCAAAGCGUGGCUCAGUUAAAUGCAGACGAGAUCGAGUUGCCUAUUGCGCCGGCACAGUUGCCGGUAGCUGGAAAACAAAUGGUGGUCUCUCCACAUUGUCACUUUGUGCCUAAGGAGUUGCGCUACAAGUGCGGUGUACCCGACUGUGGCCAACAUUUCGACUCAGAGUUGGGGUUCAGCCAGCAUCUGAGUACUCAGCACAACCAUCGAGAUGUCUUUAAGUGUCCGCAUUGUACUCGUGACUUUGCGAUUCAUUCACUAAUACUGGAGAAGGUGCUGGAACAUUUGGCGCAUCAUAAGCGAUACGUUUAUCAAUGCGGUGCGUGCAGCUCGUUUGCGCCAAAACCUUCCAUAAUCUAUCGCCAUAUUCCCAAAAAGCAUACGUCAAAGUUGGGUGUUGAUGUCGAUGUAAUUAUCCAUAAACGCGAUGAUUUGACAACGCACACCAAGCCAGCGGAAGUACGUUGGUUCAAGUCCGUGAAUGUGCUGCGCACUUCGACCGAUGAAUGGUUCUGCAAUCUCUGCCCCACUGCGCUCGCCACCGAGCAUCAGAUGAUUGGACACACGGAGUUGUCACACCAGCGUAAGCAUCAGUAUUGCUGUCCGUAUUGCGAUUACGGCUUCAAGGAUCCCAUAAAAAUUGUCAACCACAUACGUUGUAGCCAUGCCGGCAAACGCAUCCAACCGCUGCAAUGCUAUCGGCGCGUCAAGAGCAAAAAUCGUUACACACUCGGUUUUAUUUGCAAUACAUGUCAUGAGGCAACCAACACCUUCUGCAAAAUGGUCAAUCACUGUCAGGUUGCGCAUUCGAAUCGCUUUCAGUACAAGUGUCGCCACUGUGACUUUGGACACAAUAAUCAUCACCUUGUCGCCGCUCAUAUGACGCAGGAACAUCCCGGAAUGCCGGGCCUUCCCAUUCAGCAGUUCGUUCGCUUGGACAACGACAUGCUCGACGUUGACUUUUGGAACAAGGCCCACAUAUUUUUGCCAAAAAGCCGCAUGGAGCCACCUAAGCCAGUCGCUCCCACCAACCAUGCCCUGGCCAUUCAAACCUUCAACCCCAUCGAGGUAUCGUCGGAUGAAGAGGAUGACCGAACUUAUAACGCUGAGUGCGCACAGAAGCAGUACGAGUUCGCGUGCUCGCAUUGCACGGAGACGCGCCGCAACAUUGACGAACUGAAAUCGCAACACUGGGCGAUCAAGCAUCCCAAGCAACCCUUCUACUUCUGUGUCCAACCGCAGCUCUGCUGUCCGGUGUGCUUCGACUUCAAAGGCAGUGCCAAAGCACUGCUGGAGGAGCACUUGCUGAACGUGCAUUAUCUCCGCACGUUGGUGGCCUGCGAUGUGCGUCAAAUGCGCGAAUGCGGCUACUGCGACAAGACGUACAAAGGGUGGCCAGAGCUGGUGGGACACAUGACAAGCGAGCCGCAUCUGGCCAACGAUCUGAAGAAUCUAACCGAUAGCGAACUUAACGAACUGAUCAAAUUGGGAAGCACCGAGAACAAGUAUUAUCAGUGUCAUCUGUGUCGAGUGCUGAUGCCAUCGAGUGUGGCAAUUGCGCAACACGGACUCGUUGACCAUUCGAGUGCAGAGAGAUCAUUUUGCUUUCGAUUGGUGAAGAAGAACACGAUCGUCUUUCACUGUUCGUUCUGCAAGUACGCCUCGGUGGAUGAGCUGAGAACGUUGCGUCACAUGCUCGAUCAUUGCAAACGCUUUAGCAAAUGCCACUUGUGUCCCAAGCCCUUAAACAACGGCUUUGAUGAGUACAUAAAGCACUGCUAUUCGAAUCAUCGCGAUCAAGUGAAUUACUUUGAUGUCAUGCAUCCGUAUAAUGAACUCAAGAAUUUCCUCAUGCAGGUGCGUUAUCAAUUCCAAAACGGACUCAUCAUCAGCAAGAACAGCUUGCGAAAGACGCGCUUCGGUCACGAGCGUGUCAUCCAGCAGCUGUACAAAGAGCUGCGCAGCAAGGCGGCGCAAAUACCCUUCAUUCAGCUGCAGUCACGCAAUUUGACCGCUCCGCAGCAGCGGCAAAUCCUGCCAACUUCCUCGACGGUCGCAGCUCCCCCUAAACCGCUGCCCAUGCUCCAGCGCAUCGCUAAGCGACACAACACUUAUGUGGACCCCGGACAAUUGAGUACCACAUCCUUUUUAGCCAAACGUCCUUGUUUGUAAUAUACUUAACCGGAAACCGUCCCCACUCAAUGUUGAUCCAUCACUAUCAACAUGUUGAUAAAACACUAUUUUCUUAAUUUUCAACAGAACACACACACUUGUUAAUACGUAAUAGAUUUACAAUAUCAUAUUGAUAAGUAAAGUGAUAUAUGCUUUAUUAUUAUGUUAGAGUACAUAAAUAACAUAUCUAUGUUUUAUAUAGACAAGACAUACUAAAAGCGACAAAGUUAGGUCGUCAUUAUUAUAAUAAUAACAUAUAUGAAUUAUAGAUUUGCUAGACAGUUAAGAACCUGAUGGAACAAAU